CCAUCCUGCCUCUGCCGCUAUAUAAACGAAAAAAAAAAAAAAAUCAGUGAUUUGGAUCAAGUGCCAAGCAGGGACUGUCCGUCACUGGUUUUCGUGUGGUGUGGCAUUCUUCAGAUUGUUUUCGUACCCACUCUUGUUGUAAGAGUACUCUGAAGUUUUAAAAAAUGAAGCAGUUGAAACGAAAAAGGAAAAGCAAUUUUAGUGUUCAAGAAACUCAGACGCUUUUAAAAGAAAUUACCAAAAGGAAAGAAGUCAUCUUUUCUAAGCAGCUCAACACAACGAUUAACGUGAUGAAGCGGAUGGCUUGGGAGGAGAUCGCCCAGUGCGUGAACGCGGUAGGAGAGGGAGAGCAGAGGACAGGGACGGAGGUGAAAAGAAGGUACCUGGACUGGCGAGCGCUGAUGAAGAGGAAGAGGAUGAAGGCGAACAUGAAGCUCGUGGGGUCAGGGUUUCCCCUGCCCUCCUCCGAUCUGGAUGACUCUCUCACGGAGGACAUUGAUGAAAAGAUCGCGUUUCGAAAUGAUGCGAAUUUUGACUGGCAGAAUGUGGCAGAUUUCAGGGAUGCCGGUGGAUCCUUAACCGAGGUAAAAGUAGAGGAAGAAGAGAGAGAUCCCCAGAGUCCCGAAUUUGAAAUUGAGGAAGAAGAAGAAAUGUUAUCUUCUGUCAUCCCAGAGCCCCGGAGGGAAAAUGAACUUCCUGAUUUCCCCCACAUUGACGAGUUCUUCACCCUCAACUCGACACCUUCGAGGCCUGCCUACGAUGAACCCCAUCUGCUCGUCAGCAUAGAGAAGCAGAAACUAGAGUUGGAAAAGCGACGACUGGAUAUCGAGGCUGAAAGACUGCAGGUGGAAAAGGAACGGCUGCAGGUCGAGAAAGAGAGGCUGCGGCAUUUAGACAUGGAGCACGAGCGCCUGCAGCUGGAGAAGGAGCGCCUGCAGAUUGAGAGAGAGAAGCUGCGGCUCCAGAUCGUCAGUUCAGAGAAACCAUCUUUGGAAAACGAACUGGGCCAAGGGGAAAAGUCCAUACUUCAGCCUCAAGACGUAGAAGCAGAGAAGCUGAAGCUCGAGCGGGAACGCUUGCAGCUGGAGAAGGAUAGGCUGCAGUUCCUGAAGUUUGAGUCCGAGAAGCUGCAGAUAGAAAAGGAACGCUUGCAAGUGGAGAAGGAGAGACUUCGAAUUCAGAAGGAGGGACACUUGCAGUGAUGUCUUUGGGUCUUUCUAAAUUGUAGGUUUUUCUCACGUAAGAAAGUAGAAAGAUGAAAAUGAGAUUAUAUGUUUUUUUUUCUUUCCUGUCUGAUGUCAGUGUUUUCAAUAGGAAACAGAUAACUGUAUACUUAUGUAGUGUGUAUUAUAGAAAACUCUCUGUGUCCCAGCAUAAACAGUAUAGCAGAAACUUACUGUGCUAGACCCUACGUUAGUAAUACUACAUAGAAGAUCAUAGUCUCUGUGCACCUAGAGUUUGCAAUGUGUCUGUAAAUUCUAUCCCAGUGGUUCUCAAGCAGAGGUCGUUAGGCCCCCAGAAGGCAUUUGGCAUGCCUGGAGACAUUUUCGGAUGUCCAAACUGGGCUAGGGAUGUGUUGUUACUGGCAUCUGUGUGAGGAGGCCGAUGAUGUUGCUAAAAGCCUGUGCAUAGCACACUUCCCUCACAGGAAGGAGUUUCCCCAACCCAAGAUGUCAUGAGUGCCAAAUUUGAAAGACACUAUCCCUACCUAACAGUGUACCUCUGUAGCUAUGUUUUAGAGUUUUAGAAUGUUAAAACCUCAGAUAUGUGUGUGGGUAGGUACUUAAAGCCAAAAAUUGUUUUAAACUAUGAAACACUGUAGUGUACUGAAUAUGGAAGGUGAUGAAAAUUAUAGAUAUUCUAUUCCUAUGUUUGCAACUAUAGCUUUCCAAGGUUCAGAAAACAAUAUAGGGAACAUCUAAAAUUGCCCAAAUGGCUCACUUGGAAAACUAGUUCAUUCUUCUAGCUAUUGAUGAUUUAAAAGCAGCAUACAGUUUUGAAGCUUUAGUUCUCUGCCUAUUUUUUUUUUAAUCCAUUGUCCUAGUUCGAAUGCAGAAAAUUGUUAUUUCAACCAUGCGCUGAAAACUUGCGUAAGUGAAUGAUUGAAGUUAGUGAAAAUGGCACCUAUGUAAAAAUGAUGCGAGUAGCCCAUGAGCUCAAACCUUGAGUGAGUGACUGACGUUUAAAAUCAAUCAUAGCUAUUUGGAGCUGGGGGUGGGACAGCAUGUCCUCUGUAUCACAUGACAGUGACGUUAAGAUAACCAUUUCUGUUGCUGUGUUGUGGACUGUUGGAAGCACCGAACACGCACAAGCUGACCUCAUCUGUGGAAUAAGUCUUGAGAGUUUUAUCUGUUAUUCUUGAUCCUGAAGCUCCAAGACAAUCUGUACUUUGUCUUUGCCCCAUCUGAGGAACGGAGUUUGUAUCUGAAGUCUCUUUGUAAGCCCCGCUUCUGAAGGACAGGGGUUUUGUAACUGGAUGAUUUCCCUCCUGUUUCCAGAAGUUUCUUUUCCAACAAUCCAUGCAUUUCUGACACACACUAAAAUUGACAAUGACUGCACAAGACCACUUUGUGUUUCCCGAUUUACAGGGCUGGUAAUGUAGCUUUAAUGCAUCUCUUCUGUUGGUGGGCAUCACCUUGAUUAUGUGUGGGUUCCUUGUUAAUUUAAGAAUGACUUGAAAUUAUGUAUUCACAUUUGAGCAUAAGUAUACAAGGGGACAACUUAUGUCUGUUUAAUUGCCCCGAUGUUGAAAUAGUGUUAUUUUUCUAUAAUUGCAAUAAAUGCUUCUACUGUA